AGUCGGACAGAUUUAGGCGUUGCACACUGCACAAAGCGAAACCACUGUUUACAAAUACACAAAGUUCUUGACAGGGACUAAAAUCACCGACAGCAGGAUAUCGCAGUUUAGCAGUUGUUUACUUCGACAGAGCAAGGCUGGGUAUAGAUGGAUGGAUGCAUUAAUCUUGUGACCUUAUAAGAGAGGCUGAUGAUGGCGGACGAGGCUGGUAAACUUCCACUCCGGCGUCUCGAACCCCCCAUUCAGAAAUUUAUUAAAGUGGCCAUCCCUACUGACCUGGAGAGACUGCACCAGCACCAGCACAACAUAGAAAAGUUUCAGAGAAACAGACAGUGGGACAAACUUCAUCAUGAGCACAUCAACUCCAGCCGCACGGUCCAGCAGCUGCGAUCUAACCUGCGAGAGAUGGAGAAGUUGUGUGGACGAGUUCGUAGUGUUGAUGCUGAAGCUCUGGAGAAACUCGUUCAGCCAAUCAGAGAUCGAGCCUCUGCUGCCAUUCAAGAGUUUCUCCAGAUUCACUCGGAUGCUGUCAACAGGCAAAACUUCAACGAAGCUAUUGCCACUGUUGCAGAAACAUCACACAGUGAGGAUGACACAGGUGUCUCUGGUUCCCCUGUCACUCAAACACAGCUGCUCCUGCCUGAAAUCCCUUCAGAACAGAACGCCGCAGAGUCCUGGGACUCUUUAGCUGAGGACCUGCUGCAACUGAAUGGUUUAGUGAACGAGUUCUCCACUAUUGUUCAUGCUCAGCAGGAGAAGAUUGACAGCAUCGAGGCAAACGUUAGCAUAGCAGCCGCAAAUGUGGAGGAGGGGACCCAGAGCCUGGGGAAGGCGGCCCGUGCGAAGCUGGCAGUGUUGCCGGUGGCAGGAGCGGUGGUCGGGGGAGUGUUAGGGGGGCCGCUGGGACUCUUAGCAGGGUUUAAAGUGGCGGGGGUCGCCGCUGCCUUUGGAGGUGGACUGCUUGGUUUUGCCGGCGGAAACUUGAUCCAACGCAAAAGGAAAGAAAGAAUCGACCUGCAGCUACAAGAGCUUCACAGCAACAACAACAGUAAGAACGACACUCAGUGACACGUUUGUUUUCGUGGAGGAAUCCAUGAGACGGCAGACUUAGACGACCCACGCGUGUUCUCAAAUAAACAGCAGACGCUCGUGAACGUACAUGCAGAAAUCAACCACAUCUGCACAGUAACUCCUACAUGCAGUGCAAACAUGCACAUGCAAGUGGACCUGCUAAUUUCCCUUUUGCCUUAAUUCAACAUUUUGUUCUAUGCCAAAGCAAACAGGGCCAUAUGAUCUGCUGCUAAACAGCUGAUUGACCUUUGAAGCAGUAAUAGAAGUGUUAGAAGUGGUUAGAGAUUCUAGGUUAUGGAUGUACAAGGCGGGUACGACUGUGCUAGAUUCUCUUAUUUCAAACUAUUGUACAGUAUGAUCUAUUAUACAUGGUGAACAUCUGUGGUAGGUGACAUACUCCUGUUUACAACAAUUAUGUAGGUUUUUUUGUGCUAAAAUUAUAUUAUCACGUAUAAUUCCAUUAUAAAACGCAUACAAUUGGGAUGAAAGGCUGAGAUUGUCUUUUAUUUUUGUCAAUGGGUUAUGAAUAGAUGAUGAUGGGUACUUUAUAAGGUCUUGGCAAUGCAUAGUAGUGAGAAUCACUUUAAGAAUUAACAUUAUAAACUAUAAACAAUCAUUAAUAGAAAUUAUAAAAUGAAAAAUAACAUUGUUUCCAUAACUUGCUUAUAACCUUUUACUUACUUUGCCAUAAUGAUAUUUUGAUAGACAUUUCAGAUCAUCUCAGGGUGCUUUCAAUCAAUACAAUUUCAAAGUGACUUCAAUGCCUUGUGAUAACACUUAAUAUUCAUAAUGGAUAACUAUAGAGAAGUCAAAUUAUUUGUUUAUAUAUUAUUUUUGUUACAUUUUUUGUGGCAAAAUAUUCAGUGUAAGGUUAGUUCAGUUAUAACUGCACAUUGAAGAAAACAUUUUACUUUUUGGGUAAUUAUUUGCGAUAUUUUACUAUAAGUGUGGAAAUGAAAUGUUAUUUCUUAUGGUCUUAUUUUAUUUUAAAGCAAUUGAUAUGUAGGAUCCAGAUGUUUCAGCUCAACAUCCUUCUACACUGAGUUUACGCGGGCUUUUUGUGUCUUUCUAUGUUCUGCUGGGGGGGCUGAUAGAUUUAACUGAGGUUUCCCUUUAAGGCUUUGAUAACACAAGCCUCUGAGAAGCAAAUCUAAUACUGAAAUCAAUGCACUGUGAGACCUCCUUCAGCACAAACAACAUUUGAAUGUUAUUUGAUUAUGGUCCUGAAGAACAGACAGAAAAGAACAAUAGCCUUUUAUGGUUUAUUGAUCCUUAUUUUAGUUUAGUCAAAACGAAAGGUGGAAAAAAAAUAUUGUCUGUUUCAAAGUUGUUCAGUUGUUUUGCACUUGAUGUGUAGUCUUAACACAUACAUAUACACUUAAAUCAAGUAUGCAACACUUCUUUUAACCGGUCUUUUUAGUUUACUAAGUAAUACUGUACUUUACAUGAAUUAGCAGUCAUUAGAGUAUUUGCUUAUUGUCAUAAACUCUAUUUUGAUGGUGCACAAACAGAUAUUAUGCUCACUGUAGUAGCUGUCAUUAAAUGUCAACUUGUUUUACUAGCCUUUAUCCUAAACUUAACACUCUACUAGUACUCUAAUAAGAGUUAGUUUAAAUGUUAUUGCAAAGUUACUUUCAGUAAACAGAAUGUAGAUUCAUGUUCACAUCGGGCACACAGAUAUUUCUUGGAUGUAUUGAGGCUCUUAAUUUGGCUCUUUAUUUGCGAAUAAUUGAAAUUGAUUUUCAUGCGCAUUUUGGCAGUAAAGUCGGUUCUAAUAUAACUCAAGCACACGCUUUUGGAUUGAGCAGCAUUUACACAACUGAGUUUUACACUGUCAAGCUACUGAAAAUCAUGUAAGAUUGAAACACUUCAUCAGACAAUAAGGAAAUCAGGAUAAUGUUUUUGUGAUAACAAUUGUUUGAAUCGCUGCUCAGUGAAAGAUGGCUGUUAAAAUAAAUCCUUCUGAGAUGA